AUGGGGAUUGGGCCAAUUACAAACAUGGGGAUUGGGCCAAUUACAAACAUGGGGGAGUGGGCCAGUUACAAACAUGGGGGAGUGGGCCAGUUACAAACAUGGGGGAGUGGGCCAGUUACAAACAUGGGGGACCACAACCCCAACACAAACGCAACCUCCAUCACAUCCCAACCCACACCACAACCUCACCCAAACCACAACCCCACUCCCACCACAACAACACACCCACCACAACCACAGCCCUACCACAACCUCAGCCCCACCACAACACCACUCCGACCACAACAACACAUCCACCACAACCCCGCCCCCACCACAACCUCACCCCCACCACAACCCCACUCCCACCACAACAACACACCUACAACAACCUCACCCCUACCACAACCCCACUCCCACCACAACAACACACUCACCACAACCCCACCCCCACCACAACCCCCACCACAAACCAACCCCCACCACAAACCAACCCCCACCACAACAAAACACCCACCACAAUUCCACUCCCACCACAACAACACACCCACCACAAUCCCACUCCCACCACAACCUCACCCCACCACAGCCCCACCCCGACCACAACAACACACCCACCACAACCACACCCCCACCACAACCUCACCCCCACCACAACCCCACCCCCACCACAACAACACACCCAUCACAACUACACCCCCACCACAACCUCACCCCCACCACAACCCCACCCCCACCACAACCCCACUCCCACCACAAUACCACUCCCACCACAACACACCCACCACAACAACACACCCACCACAACCCCACUCCCACCAUAAUAACACACCCACCACAACCCCACCCCCACCACAACCCCAUCACAAUCCCACUCCCACCACAACAACACACCCACCACAACCCCACCCCCACCACAACCCCCAUCACAACCUCACCCCUACCACAACCCCACUCCCACCACAACAACACACCCACCACAACCCCACUCCCACCACAACAACACACCCACCACAACCCCACUCCCACCACAACAACACACCCAGCACAACCCCUCUCCCACCACAACCUCAUCCCCACUACAACCCCACUCACACUACAACAACUUACCCACCACAAUCGCACCCCCACCACAACCUCACGCCUACCACAACCCCACCCCCACCACAACAACACACCCAUCACAACCCCACCCCCACCACAACCUCACCCCCACCACAACCCAACUCCAACCACAACAACACUCCCACCACAAUCCCACUCCCACCACAACAACACACCCAUCACAACCCCACCCCCACCACAACCCCACUCCCACCACAACCCCACCCCCACCACAACCCCUAUAACAACCCCACUCCCACCACAACCUCACCCCCACCACAACCCCACUCCCACCUCAACAACACACCCAUUACAACCCCACCCCCACCACAACCCCCAUCACAACCUCACCCCCACCACAACCUCACCCCCACCACAACCCCACUCCCACCACAACCCCACACCCACCACACCCUCACACCUUUCUGA